AGACUACCUACGGGCCGCAUGUCCCCAAUUCAACAAAAAAACAAAUCUUCAUUAUUUUUCUUUAAUUUCCUUCGUACCAGAAAAAUGAAAACUCAUCCAAACAAAUGCAGAAAAAAUGCUGCUUUAUGGACGUUUAAGACAUAUGCACAUCUGAUACAAUACGGCCCUGUUCAACAUGUAGACCUUUUGUUUCUGCAAUUUCUUACCUUAAGUUCCGUGUAAUCUGCUACGUGACGCGACAUUUAUUCGUGUUCUGUGUUUUGGCGUUGCGUCGUUUUGUACGCUGUUGCGGUCAUUGAAAACUAGAAAAGCUGCAAUUUGAAUUUUGGAACGUUUCCAAUCGGAUUUCCAAUAAGCUAGGUGUUUUACAUUUGUCUCGUUUUUCUAUUUGUGAUUCUAAAUAUUACCCGUCGCUUUUAACCUAUUUAUUUAUCAAUAUGGCCGAUGAUUCUUCAGUGAAACCGGGAUUAUUUACUAGCAUAUUCUUCGAAAUUAUAACUAGUCCCUUAAAUCUCGCUCUCGUGCUUCUUAUAGUAUUUUUAGUGUAUAAAAUUAUUAAAAGUCGCCAAAGUGAUGAGCCAGUUAGAGAACAAAUACCAGAGUUACCAAAAAUGAAGAAGAGAGACUUCACAGUGGAGGAGUUGAGAAAGUAUGAUGGUAAUCAAGAAGACGGUAGGAUCCUGGUAGCUGUUAAUGGAAAUAUAUAUGAUGUUACCAGGGGCAAAAGAUUCUAUGGACCAGGAGGCCCUUAUGCAGCGUUUGGUGGAAAAGAUGCUUCAAGGGGGCUAGCAACAUUUUCAGUGUCAGCCGCUGGGGAGGGCUAUGAUGAUUUGAGUGAUCUAAGCACAGUUGAAAUGGAUUCAGUCAGGGAGUGGGAGUCACAGUUCAAAGGUGAGUUUUAUUUAUUCAUGUUGACAAAUAGAUGA